UUUCGCUUCAGAGUGUGAGCUUGAAUGUAAACCGCUAGAUUAGCGUCGAGGAUUUGUAUUUGAAAUAGACGUUACUGAGAAUACGAAGCUGCUACCGUUUUUGGAUUUAGGUAUUUCAGGUCAUCUACAAGAAAAUAUGUAAACGUCAUCCAAAAUAAACCUUUCCCGUACGUAACCAUAGCACUGACAGAAUGGAGAAAUUGUGGAUAGUUUUAGUUGCAGCUACAAUUUUAUAUGGAUUAUGCACCGCCAAAUCAAUAGCACCCAGUGCAAUCACAAUCAGUGUAGCUGAUAACAUACAACCGGGAGACUUUGUUACAAUUAUCAAAACACAAAAUGACCGCGCGGUCAGAAUUGUGAAUUCAUUAGAGGGGAAUGAGGACCUCUCAAACUAUUUUGAAAUAAGAAGCGAUGGCUCAAUAUUUGUGAGCGACGAGCUCUCACUGUUCUCAAACAGUCUUCUCACGGUGAAUAUACUAAAAGAGCCUUCAAAUAUGAUUGAAAGUGUGUAUAUUUUUGUAAAUGGAGAUAAACCAACUUAUUUUGCUGGAAAAGAAAACGAUCUCAUGGGAAAUGAUUCCCCAAAAGUCUAUAAAGACAGCCAAUUGAAAUUUAAACAUAGUCAUAUCAUUCACAAAAGAGCAGUUAGACCACCAAGGAUUUUUGUCCUUAGGGAAAAUGCCACUGGACAGGUAUUUACCGUCGCUUCUAACCCUCGCGUAGCUGAGGAACGCUUCCAGUUCAGGGCGCCAGUCCCUCCAUAUUUAGAUAUUGACGUUGUUUCCGGGAUGAUAAGUCUAAAGAAUGGCCAACAAUUCAACAGAACGCACUUGAGAUUCACUAUUGAGAUCACGAACACUAACAAUACUUCAUUUUUGGACACUCAACAGAUAACAAUACAUCUACUAGCAUUGAAUGAUCCAAGGCCCAUAUUUACCAACCGUUAUCAACCACUGAGGGCCACUGCACGUCCAAUCACGCAGCCAGGAACAGUUUUAUAUACUCUUAUUUCACGUGAUCAAGCACUUGGGGCAGACAUCAUAUACAGAAUAGAAUCAGGGAGUGAGGGACGAUUCAUUGUCAACCCUGACAAUGGCAAAGUUUAUCUGAUUGGUUAUGACCAGCUAGAGGCCCGGGACUACACCCUGGCUGUCUCUGCUAGGGACAAAGGAGCACCAAAUAUUGAGACCACGCCCACCCAGAUUCUUACAAUUCAUUGUAGUCGUCAACCCCCACAGUUCUCACAUCCUUACUAUGAACAAGAUAUUGACGAAGAGAUCCCUAUUGGUCAAACGGCAUUUACAUUGGAUGCCUACUCAUUCAAAGGAGUCCCGAUCACUUAUGAGAUCCAAUCAGAAUUCAACACAACUUCUGAGGAUUUUAGUGUUAACAGUGCCACAGGAGCGGUCACUGUGCUGAAAAGAAUGGAUUACGAGACCGGACCCUGGCAAUACAGAUUCAGGGCCUAUGCUAAAGAAAGACCCUGUAAUUCAUGGGGAAAUUGUGAGUCAGAAGUAACUGGUACAGUAGAGGUGACACUGAACAUACAGGAUAUUAAUGACAAUGCCCCAUUCUUCCAACUUGCUACAUAUGUGAAAGAUGACCAACUGGAGACUGUAGGUGUUGGCUCAACAGUUAUGCAAGUAUCUGCCAAAGACAUUGACUCCGGGUUAAAUGGACAACUUGUGUACUCAAUGGAUCAUGGAAACUUCUCAAUCAAAACAGAGGAUAAUGCUGGAAUUAUAACUACUAAAACUAUGAUUGACUAUGACCUGACCCCCCUUCACAUGUAUCAGUUGAAUAUAGGAGUGACUGACAGUGCCCCAACAAACCCAAGGACAGCUACCACCAUGGUCCAGGUGAACAUGAGGAAUGAGAAUGACAAUGCACCACAGUUUGUCCCUCCAGAGCAAACCAUCAGACUAAACCAACAGGCACCCCGGGGCACAUUAGUGGCAGUAUUACAGGCAUAUGAUUUAGAUGGAGAUAGGAUAACUUAUGAAAUCAGAUCUUCAAAUAGCCCAACAACGUUCAACUUGGAUCCUAACACAGGACACUUGACGACACGUCAACCUCUUUCUGACACUAUCGGUUACUACUAUCUUAAUAUUACUGCUAGGGAUGAUGGAUCCUGUUGUAGUGGCAGUAGCCCACUGACAGGGGAAGGAUACAUUGUCGUGGAAAUCUAUGGCUUGAACACACCCCCAAGGUUCCCUAAUUGCGCUAAUUAUGCUCCAUCUGUGAAAGAAGAUGAACCAAUAGGAUCCUGGGUCAUGCAGCUUACUGCAACUGACUCUGAUGUUGGAGACAAUGGCAGACUUGAGUACUCCCUUGUCAUACCAAGUGGUGAAAAUGAACGAUUCAGAAUCACUAGUCUCAAUGGUAACCUCACCACUGCUCAAGUUUUUAAAAGGCGUGAAGGAACGAAACAUGGUGUCACUGCAAGAGUUGAAGAUUUUGGGCGCCCAAGACUUUCCGCUAGUUGCUUCUUUUUUGUUACAAUCAGUGACGUGAAUAAUCAUGAUCCUGUAUUUGAUCAACGUGAAGAAUAUGUGGUUGCGAUUUCUCGAAAUCAUCAAACCAGUACGAGAGUACUUCGUGUCCUCGCAACAGAUCUGGACGAAGGCAACAAUGGCCAGGUGACCUACAGUAUAACUAGUCAACAAGGAAACUAUUUUACUAUUGAUUCUAGCAGUGGAUGGAUAACGCUUCAAAACAGUGUUAAUGGAGUAGGUGGGCAAACAUUGUCAUUUACAGUUUCUGCCCGAGACAAUGGUUCCCCACAAAGAACAGGAAAUCUAGUCACUGUGGAAGUUGUUGUCACAAGUAGUACAGGACAGGAGAUAUCUCCGACAUGGACAGAGAACUAUGACGAUCAAACUGCAAUCAAAUUCCGUGAAGAUGUCCUUACAAGUUAUUUAGUGAAAUCACUGAAAGCAACUCCAUAUUCAACAAGUGCCCCAGCUUUUACUUACUCUCUCCCAGCAGUAUUACCAUCAAGAACCAUAGAGUUAAAUGGUUUGGACCAUUUUUCAUCAUCCGCAAAUACGACUGAUAUGUCUGUAAGGCCCUCUGGCCAGCCACCCCUUGAUUAUGAGGAAAACUACGAAUUUCUGCUCAAAUGCAGGGCAGCAACUCAAACAUAUUACAUGGAUACGAGGCUACAGGUUGAACUCACUGAUGUGAACAACAAGAUUCCAAAGUUCCAAGGCCGCGACAACAAUGGUCGCUACACUGGCAGUAUUCCAAUCACAGCUGGGGUCAACUAUGAGGUCAUGAGAGCUGUAGCAACAGAUGAGGAUGGCACAUUACCAAAUAAUAGAGUUUAUUAUUAUUUACUACAGCAAGGAGAUUACACUGAUUUUGCUAUUAAUGAGGACUCUGGAGUUGUCACCUCUCUCAGGACAUUCAACACUACCAAACUCAGCUUUGCCCUGAAGAUCGGGGCCCGUGAUGGGGCAAAUUCUGCAUUGCCAGGGGUAACUGGGCCAAAUGAAGCUGAGCCUGUUGACCUUGCAAUCACUAUUGUUGUGCUAAGCUCUGGAAAACCUGAGUUUACGACCACCCCUCCCGCCACCACCAUUCCUGAGACAACAGUGAUAGGAACAUCAUUGCUGACUGUAAGAGCUGCCGAUUCUGAGCCAGAUAAUGUACAAUAUCACCAGUAUGCUAUCACAGGAGGUAAUACGAAUCAGGCAUUUGGUGUAGUCCCCAAUACAGGAGAUAUAUAUGUCAGGGGUAAACUGGAUUAUGCUACAACACAGAGUUACAACCUUGCAUAUAGAGUGUUUGAUGGUGCCAUCUCUGCAACCACCACAGUAGUUAUGAACAUACAGCAACAAAACAAGAGACCUCCUGUUAUAACACCAAGCAACCCAAGCACUGGAGAUGUAGUAGAGAUGGACACCAGCACUGUGGGAAAUGGAAGAGAAAUGCUCUUAUAUAAUGUAACAGCUAUUAACCCAGAUACAGGAAGUAGUGAUGGGGUGCAGCUCGGUGUUCAAGGUUACAAGGCUGCAGAACAGUUCCGUAUUGAUCCCCAGGGGCGGGUGUACCUCACCAACUGGCUGGAUCGUGAUGAACCAUAUGGUUUCUCGACAUGGGACAUCAACAUAGUUGCCCAAGACCAGAAUGGUGGACCAGAUUCUCUUACAACAUAUGGCAAGGCCAGCGUCAGUCCCAAAGACAUUAAUGAUCACUCACCCAUCUUCAAGGCUUGCUGUAUAACUGGGAGUGUUCCAGAGGGUGCAGCUCCAAGUCAACCAAUCAUGACAGUAUCAGCUGGUGAUGUAGACUUUGAAAAUAAUGGAACUGUGUGCUUUAAUCUCAGGGAUGUCCCCACUGAAAAUGGAAAUCCCCUAUUUUCAUUGGAUGGUACAUCAGGUCAAAUACGCUCUUUGAGGCCAUUAAAUCGUGAGAACCAGGAUCGAUAUGAGAUGAUAGUGGAUGGGAUGGAUCGGGGAGUUCCUGCCAGAACAACGAGCACUAAAGUGUAUGUAGUUGUUGCUGAUAUAAACGAUAACAGACCUGAGUUUGCUGCCCCAAAAUCAUAUUAUAAGGAGGUCCCUGAAGAAUUACCACUGGGAGCAACUUGUAUGGAAGUUUCAGCAACAGAUAAUGAUAUUGGGGAAAAUGCAAAGUUGACUUUUAGCAUUGUCUCUCCUGAUUCACCAUAUUUCUACUUUGAUAAUAUUCAUACAACACAAACUGGCAUUGUGAAAAUUAAAUCAAGGGUGGACUAUGAAGCAAUGUCCAGUCACUUACUCCAGUAUAACAUAAGAGUCCAGGACCCAAACCCUUCAAACAGUGAUACUGCAGUCAUACACAUCAACAUCACAGAUAUCAAUGACAAUGCUCCAGUCUUCAAUCCCGCCACUAUUAGUACUACCCAAUCAGAGGACAUUCCUGUUGGAACCACGAUUGCCACUUUUUCUGCCACAGAUCGUGACAGUGGAGUAAAUGCACAAUUUGACUAUUCUAUUGAUUACAUGAACAAUCGUCCUGAUGCCAUGCACUUUGAGAUAGACCCCCAAUCAGGUGUGGUCACAACUAUGCUACGUCUUGACAGGGAGAAUAUAGCCACACAUAACGUUCACAUAUUGGCAAUUGAUAAAGGAACCCCCACUAUGACUGGAACUGGAACCCUUAUUCUCACACUCACUGACGUUAACGACAAUUUCCCACAAUUUGCGGAAGAUUAUCAGCCAAUCGCUUGGGAGAAUGAGCCGCCUGUUCAAGAUGUUGUCACUAUACGAGGGAAGGAUGCAGACACUUCACCAAAUGGUCCGCCAUAUCUGUUUGCACUGCCUUGUGGUGAAACCUGCCCAUGCAAUGAUAACCCAACAUGUCCACAAUUCUCAAUGAACUUCAGACAAGGUGGUGACAGUGGAAGAGGUGAGGGUGAUAUCAGGACAAAGGUGACACUAGAUAGAGAACAACAGAAAUACUACCGCAUGCCUAUUAUCAUGUCAGACUCUGGGAACCCACGUAUGACAGGCACAAACACGCUAACUGUGACUGUCGGAGAUAGAAAUGAUAAUGACCAUCGACCUGGCCAUAAGGAGGUCUAUGUUUACAAUUAUAAAGGUGAACUUAGCAAUGCUGAUCUUGGCCAUGUAUAUGCUGAAGACCCGGAUGACUGGGAUAGAGGAGAUAAAACAUUCUCAUUUGAAGGGACAUCAGCUGACCAUUCAAGAUUCACAUUGGAUGCCAGUUCUGGUAUUCUACGUAUGCUACGUGGCACAGGAAAUGGAGUCUACAACCUCAGGGUCAGGGUGAGAGACACUGUACGCAAUGUGGAAGCUGUUUCCACCAUACGUGUCAAUGUGCAAGAAAUAUAUGAUGAUGCAGUGUACAGUUCUGGGUCCAUCAGAUUUGCAAAAAUGACGCAAGAACAAUUUAUUGAGCGGAACAAAACAGGCACUGGAGUGGAGGAUUAUGGGAAAUCUAGAUCGACUUUGCUAGCAGAACAAAUAGCUACAAUGCUUAGUGUGCCUGUUGGAAAUGUACACAUAUUCAGUGUGCGUGACAAUGCUACUAACACCACUGCUAAGGAUAGACAGCCUAACACGCACACAGAUGUAAGAUUUGCUGCUCAUGGCUCCCCUUGGUAUCGAACUGCUAGAUUGGAUGGUCUUGUCCUGGAUAACAAAGAGCAGAUCCAAACAGCCUUGGGUGGUGCUCAAAUCGCCAUGGUUCCCAUUGAUGAAUGCUACCAAUCAGACUGGGACUGCCAUGAUGGGGGAUGCUCUAGUCUACUUCGAACAACCACAAAUGCACAUACGGUGAAUACAAACGCAACAUCCCUUGUGGGCGUUGAUGCAUUCCUUGAGACGACAUGUUCUUGUAAAGCGAGGGAUUUUGAGUCCCCUACACAAGGAUGUGGGCCAAUGUCAUGUUUGAAUAAUGGGACUUGUCAUGAUAUUCCACGUGGUGAGACCCUUGGUAAUUCAGCAAUGCAAGGCUUUUAUUGUGAAUGUCUAGCAGACUUUGAUGGACCCCGUUGUCAACAGACCAGACAUAGUUUUACUGGAAAUGGUUAUGCUUGGUAUAAAAGACUUGCCCCUCAGUGUCAGGAUACAACAUUGAGUCUUGAGUUUAUGACAUCACAAGACAAUGGACUGCUCUUAUAUAAUGGCCCCUGGGAGAAUGUGAAUGCAAAUUCCCUUGAUAACCCAGUUCCCCAGGACUUCAUAUCAGUGGAACUGGAGGGUGGUUACCCCAAAGUGCGCCUUGACCUUGGUACAGGUGCACGAGAGAUGAGGGUUCAAGGUCGUGACCUUGGUGGGAAUAAUGUCAUGCCAAAAUUGAGUGAUGGGAAAUGGCACAAGAUUGACAUCAUUAAGAUAGGCCAGAAAGUACACUUUGUAGUUGAUAGUUGUGCCCAGUCAGUAUUGAACUCCAGCGCCCCCUGGCUUGAAGACCGUACCCCCUGCCAAUCCCCAGAGGUGGAAUUUACUGGCCUGGGAAUGUACCUCACCCUUUACUCACCCCUGGAGCUAGGGGGCAGGUCAAAGCCACAGGUCACUUACCCCCAAGGCUUAACCACGACUGGUUUCAAUGGAUGUAUAAAGAAUGUUUACAACAAUGGAGAGUUGUAUGACUUGCAUAUCGGCAAUGUUGGUCAACAUAGUAAUACAGCAGACAGAUGCCCAGCGGAGGACUCAGCCUGUGGGGUGAAUUUGCCCAGUGGGCCAAGAUGUGGGGGCAAUGGCACAUGUAUCGGGGAGAUAGGAGGCGGCUAUGUUUGUGACUGUCGACCAGGAUUCAGAGGACCAGGAUGUAACAUUGAGACACAGCCCAGGGAUUACAAGCCAGACAGCUACAUACAGUGGGAUUUCAAAGAGCCAUUUUACAGAGAUAACAUACAAAACGUUCCCAGAAACACUGGCAUACAGCUGAUGUUCCGCACCCGUGUCAAUAGUGGCGCCCUCUUUGUAGCAAGUAAUGAGGAAACUGAGCCUGCUUAUAAACGUGAUUUCCUCCUUGAUAUUGUUGACAAAAAGUUACGAUUUACUCAUCGCUUGGGUCCAGAAAAUCGUGAACUUUGGCUGAAAGAUGUAGAUGCAUCUGAUGGGGCAUGGCACUCAGUGAGUGUCAAUCGGGCAGGGAAGAUUCUCUCCCUGCAGAUGGAUGGAGGAGAUGGGCCAUAUUACAAUGAGACCCUUGGUAUGGAGAAUGACACAAGGACAUUUGAAAUUAAGCUAAAGGGACUAUAUGGUGGUGCUGUUCGACUAAAUGGUGCUGCACAAACAGGAAUAGAAGGUUGUCUUAAUGACGUGCGCUAUAACAAAGGAUGGUUUCCAAUGGACUCUGGGCAGAACUCUAUCAGCAAUGCGGCAGAAGUGCAAUACCUCAGUAGCAAUGUGGGGAGCACCUGCAAUGCUGGGACACCCUGUACCGGAAUAACUUGCCCCAAUGGCCUCAUAUGUCUCAAUAGAUGGCGCGAUUAUGAAUGCGGAUGCCAGGAAGGCUACCAAAGAGUGGAUGAGGGUGGUACACCAACAUGUAUUCCAGUCUCUUGUCUUGCCAACCCUUGCCUCAAUGGUGGGGUGUGUGUUCCAGUUGGCAGCGGCUAUAGCUGUGAGUGUACAUCAGGUUGGAGAGGCAAGAAUUGUGAUAUAAUAGCAAUAGCUGCGGUUGGUGCGUCACUUAGUACAGGUGCAUGGGUGGCAAUGCUAGUCUGCUUUCUAAUGUUGCUAUUGUUGAUCUUGCUCCUUGUACUGAUAACCAGAACGAGGAAUCGCCCACCUCCCUUGAUAGAUGACAUGGAUGAUGUCAGGGAGAAUGUCAUGUAUUAUGAUGAAGAUGGAGCUGGAGAGGAAGAUAUGGAAGGUUAUGACUUGGCUCGUCUUGCUAAGCCUGUAUACGCAGAGGGUGAGGCUCCUAUUAGGGUUGUGGAUAACAGACCUGUCCAAGCAUCUGCCGCACCGCCACCUAGUGGUGACAAUCCUGAUGUUGGUGGAUUCCUUAAUGGUCGCCUUGGAGAUGCAGAUGAUGAUCCAAAUGCGCCACCUUUUGACAGUAUUCGGGAAUAUGAAGAGGAGGGUGAAGGAAGUCUGGCAUUGUCUCUGAGCUCACUUGGGUCAGGGAGCAGCGGGGACCAGGACUAUAACUAUCUUAAUGACUGGGGACCAAAAUUCACAAAAUUGGCAGACAUGUAUAAUGAAUGAGACAAUCAUUAGAUGGCGUAUAUGUAUAUUCUGUAACUAGAGACCUUUGCAACAACCAUGCCAUCUCUUGCUACCCCAAUGAAACAAAGAUGUAUAUAAGCUUGAUCAAGUAAGAUGUAUAUAUUUAAGGUAAAAAUGGUUUCAAACAAAGAAUAUGAUUAACAAAUUCUGUAUUAAGAAAAAACUCUAAGAACUUUUUGUGCACCUCUUCAUGUACAAUGUAUGGCAUCAUUCAUCUGGCUUAUAGAACUUAACUUCUUUGGUAUAGCGAAAUGUGGCAGCGUUUAUAAGGAAGGUGUAUUGAAAUGAUAUUUUGCUUGCGGCCCACAUUGUCAGAUCUAUUGGUGCUUGAUGCGAAACCUCUGAAAUUUAAUAAAAAUUUAAAACAUCAUGUGUUUUAGUCUCCUCGGUGAAAUAAAUGAGUGCCAUAUAUAGCCGUUCACUGUUAAAGGCCUUUGACCGCCUUCCAGUCCUACUAUGAGACACCCCUGGUCUUAAAUGGCAUGAAAAUGAUUGAAAGAGGGAGGUGUUCAAUCAAUUAUAUCAUGGCCAACUGUCCAACUUGUCUCUAAAUUAAUGCUUACAACAUAACUUUUCUCAUCUCAUUUCAAUGAAGAAAAAAUGAGAUUUAAUAUUGUUUGUUUGAUGUGUUGGUUGAGCUAGUAUUGGGUGUGAUAAAAUUGGUUAUUUCAUGUACCGGUUCACUUAACACUUAAAUGAGAUAUAAAAUGAUGUGUUCAUGAGAUUAAAUCUUGAAUAUGAAAACUGGAAAAGAAAAUUUUACAUUCUGAGGAGUUUUCUUAAUUCUGAGGAGUUUAAAUCUGGGUGAUCGCAUACAUGUACAUUUAUGUUUUACUGUACUGUAAUUUAGCCCACAAAAGAUCACUGUCCAGGGCAAAGCAUAAAUACCAGUCCUUGAGGUAUGGACUCAGUUGAUUUGGAUCUAGGUCAAAUGUUUGUUCAGCAUUUAUGAUGGAAACUCACCUCUGGUCUAAAUUAAAAUGCUGGUCCAUAUUUCAAUAUUAACCAGUUGGUCUGAAAUAUUUGUGACUUUACCAUGAUCCUAUCUAUAAUUUAGAUUUUCAGAGAAUAACAAGAAUAUAUCUCUUAAUCACAUGAGUUCUGUGUAAGGUAUGUUUUGAAUCAUGUUUUAAAUUAAAAAUAAUUAAUUCUUAUUGUAAUUGCUGAUUAUAUGUACAUUUUAGAAGAAUCUGUAUAUUUGAUGAUAAUAUGUACAUUUUGUAAUAUGUAUAUUUGAUGAUUAUUAAUAUUUCUCAUAAU